GGGUGUUCCAGCACAUGGGAAAGGGCGAGUGUCACUUCAUCAACGGCACCGAGCGGGUGAGGUACGUGGAGAGGUACAUCUACAACCGGGAGCAGCAACUGCACUUCGACAGCGAUGUUGGGGUCUAUGUGGGGGACACCCCGUUUGGGGAAAUCCAGACCAGGUACUGGAACAGCGACCCGGCAAAGCUGGAGUACAAACGGUCUGCGGUGGACAGAUGCCGGCACAACUACGAGGUGUACGGCCCGUUCAGCGUGGAGAGGAGAGUGCCCCCCCGCGUCUCCACGC